AUGGGGACAGGAGCUGGCCGCGUCUUCCUCCUCGCCUUGGUGCUGCUCUUCGCUCUGCAGACGACGCCGGCGUCGGCUGACAAGAAGGCAAUGCAUGAUGCCAUGAUGCUUCCUUUGUUAUCUCCUUUUUGCCUCCUCCCGUGUGUGAUCUUCUUCAGUGCUUUCCCGGCCUCCCUUAAUGCGCUGCUCGCUACAAUCACCGAUGACUUCACGAUCCUGCCGUACGACCUGCGGGCCAUCAGUGGGGUCGCGCUGCAGAUCGACGAGAGCUUCGUGCCGCUCCUCCGACAGCUCCCCGGCGUGAUAGCCGUGAUCCCGGACACCCUGUACAAGCCCCACACCACGCACUCGUGGGACUUCCUCGGGCUCGCCAGCAACGGCGGCGAGAUAACCCCCGCGUGGUCGUCUGCGAAGCUGGGCGUGGGCACCAUCAUCGGGGUCAUCGACACAGGGACAAAGUCUCGCAGACAGCACUCUGCCCAUUGGUCGCUGUGCUUGCCCGGCUCUCUGGACCCUGACAAGGUGAAGGGAAAGAUUGUGGUCUGCGUCAGAGGGGUGAACGCCAGAGUGGAGAAGGGGUUUGUGGUCAAACAGGCGGGCGGCGUCGGUAUGGUCCUCUGCAACGACGCCAGCACCGGGGACACCGUCCUCGCCGACGCGCACGUCCUCGCGGCAGCUCACUGCGCCUAUUCGCACAAUCCGUUGGGCUACAUCAACGCAACAGACGCGAGUUUUGGCGUAAAACCUGCGCCGAAGAUUGCAGCGUUCUCGUCCCGGGGGCCAAACGCCAUAACUCCUCAGAUCCUCAAGCCCGACAUCACAGCACCAGGUGUCAACGUAAUCGCCGCGUACAGCGGCGCGGUCUCACCAACGGAGCUCCCGUUCGAUGACCGGCGUGUCGCCUACAACAUAAUGUCCGGCACCUCCAUGUCGUGCCCCCACGUCUCCGGCAUCGUCGGCCUCCUCAAGACAAAGUACCCCUCUUGGAGCCCCGCCAUGAUCAAGUCGGCAAUCAUGACCACCGCGAACACCAUGGCCAACGACGGCAACCCGAUCCAAGACGAGGCCGGCGCCGUCGCCACGCCGUUCGGGUACGGUUCAGGCCACGUGGACCCCGUCAGGGCACUGGACCCCGGGCUGGUGUACGACACCACGCUGGUCGACUACACCAACUUCCUCUGCUCACUGAAGCCCACGCAGACGACGCAGGACCCGAUCCCCAGCCUCCCGGUCGACCUCCCUAUGAUGGGCAGCCUCUCUCCACCCGUCACCAGCCUCCUGCUCCCACUGUUCAACGCCGCCGGCGAGCCGUGCAAGUGCAGCCAGGGCCCCUACGGCCGCCCCGAGGACUUGAACUACCCGUCCAUCGCAGUGCCGUGCCUGUCCGGCAGCGGCGCCACGGUGAAGCGCCGCCUGAAGAACGUCGGCGGCGCGCCCAGCAAGUACAAGGUCAAGGUCACGGUAGCGCCGAGCGAACUGGACUUCGUCUGGGUCGGAGAGGAGAAGGAGUUCACGGUGAAGCUGGACAUGGACGUCAACGCCCCGGCGGCGGCUAAUGACUACGUGUUCGGUAGUAUUGUGUUAGCGCCAUUUAUUUUAGCAGCGCUCUUCAUGGUCCCCGACCUUCAUGGACCACCACCUAGAGAUGUCCAGAAAUGGCUUGGCCACCGCCGUCGCCUUGGAGGUUCUCCGAAAUUAUGGCUAUUAUUUUUAGAUGUAAAAAUAAUGGGAGAUAAAAAAGCAAUAGAGAUUCUAUUUUAA